AUGGAUGAGGACGACCUGAAGUCGCUCUCCCUGAAGGAGUUGCUUGACACCCACGGCGCCGUCUACCAUGACCAUGACCUCGGAAAAGUCUUCCGCAUCAAGACGGAGGCUCUCCUUCAGUGGCUUGAGUCUUGCCCUCUACAACCUUCCCAGAAGAAGACGCUCAGUCGAAACAACGGUUUCCACCGCUACUCCGUUGACCUCAUGGUCAUGGUCCAGAACUGCGAGUUCUUCACCAAGCCUCGCCAGGACGUCCACCGCAGAGACAUCGAUGGCUUGCUCAUCGCCGCCACCACCUCGGCGGACGACGACGGCACCUACUUCCCCUGCCAGAACUGCCAGAAUGGCGCCAAGGACAACUUCUACGGAGGAUGCUUCGCCCACGACCACACCUCGCACCGGCAGCUUACGCUUGGACACAAAGAUGCUGCAACAAUCAAGAUACUCACCCAGAUCGCCACGAUGUUUCUUCCAGCAUCUCUUAUAGCUUCUCUUUUCAGCUCAACCAUGUUCGGGGAUUCCAGUAUGAACAUCUCGAGCGUCGGCCUGUAUUUUGCGGUCACUAUGCCGCUGCUGCUGGUCACUCUGUUGCUCAUCAUCUUUCUCGAAAGAGGGCUUCCCUGGAGGCACACAACUUCAGACCUUCAGAUAGGCUCUAGUUAA